AUGCGUAGCAAAACAGCUGUGCGCCGAGGACCACGUCCUAUAAGGCAAAUCAGUUCGUUGCCUACAUCGUCUACAAUCCCUCCUAUAGCGCCACGCAAACGCGGACGGCCCUCCAAAAAACCUCCCGUGCCAAUCACUACACCUCCACGUUCGGCAGUAGAAGUCCAUCCUCCACCACGCCCUGUAUAUAUCGAGACAAAUAAUACACAUAUAGCACCAUCUGGAGCGCAUGUAAUCACUGAAACAGCGCAUAUACCCCCUACAGAGACACAUUUGCACCAUCCAGUCUAUCCUACAGGUUCUUGGACGCAUACAACUGAUGCAUUGGGUCAUUCCUUAGCCAUUCCACCUACAAUCACGCCUAUAACUGUGCAAAACACUGCAACAACUACUCCUCCACGCCGAAGCCGUGGAUUAAGUGUAAAUCUUGUAGUAGGAGAAAGUGGUAUUGCACGGGUUGUACAGAGUGAGCCUUCAGAAACAGAAUUGCAGCAAACACACAAAAUACAGGCGACAAAAUACGCACAGGAUACAGAUGAGGCAAUAUAUGCGCCAAUAUAUGCAUCUUUAGACAAAAAAAACGAGAUAUAUGCGCACCCACAUGGUACCUCUGGUACCUCUGAUACACAACACGGGACAUAUGUGCUCAAUACACCACUGGGCACACCUCUAAAUGAGCGUACAUGGACAGGCGGGCGGUCGGGGAAUGAUUGCUUGGCAUUUGUGACGAGUCGGCAAGGUUUUGUCCGUGUAGAAGCUCUACACGGGCGGUGGUCGCCAGGCUUAGUUGAUUUUGGUGUACAAUUAAGCCCAGAAAGCCUGUGGGGAAGUUCAGGCGAAGAGGCGACAGAUGAUGAAAAUAUUAUGGAUGCACGAGUAGCAAUGAAACGGCUUGUUGAACGGCGCCGUACAGUUGGAUUAGGAUUGGAUGAAUGCCUAGGAGAAGUGUGGAAUACACCGUCGUUUCAAGCAGGAAAACGGCAACGACGGCUGUGCUGUAAAGCAUGCCAUAUGACAUUUCGACAAUUUUGGGUAUUACAGGCUCAUGAAAAAAAAUGUAAUGUUAAGCAAACACCAUUUCUUUCAUCAGAUUAUUUCGACGAUACAGUAGAAGAUUGUAUUCCAUAUUUUCAUGAAGAUACGCGUUCAGAGUACAGUAUUUCAUCACCUAUGUUAGCAGAAUCGUUAUCGAGACAUUUAGACACUCCACGUAAGAGUACGGCAUAA